UGGGGCUACUCCUUGUCCCUCUCAGGCAGCGCCGGGAUGGGGAAGCGCAGGACCCGCCCAUUCCCAGGCGACAGGAAAUUCCACGCUCCCAAAGCCAAGCGGGUCCUUCUGGAAGCGCCAGGAGCUGCUGGCUCGGCCGUGCCCAUUCCUUCCCAGAGCAGCCAUCCCGAUGGAGACCCUGCCAGGAUGGACACCCAGGAGAGGUAACGGGAGGGGAGAGACCUGGGCUGGGUCCACCCGGGUCCAAUCUCAUGGAAUUUGCUGGAACAGUGGUGGCAAGGUGGAUCCAGAAGGAGCCCCUGUGGGAGAGCGUGGAGCCGGAUCUCCACAGGAGGGCAGAGACAGCAGAGCACUGGAAUCACCGAAACAGGGCAUUUCCGAUGAGAUGGAAGAGAAUCAUCUGGAAUUGCCCCAGCUGGGAAUUUUGGAAGCAGAUGGGACAGGAGAGGAUGAGCUAGAGUCACCAAAACCAGAAAUUUUGGAUGGGGCAGGAGAGAAUUGUCCGGAAUCACCAAAACCAGCAAUUUUGGAGGUGGAUGGGGCAGAAGAGAAUUGUCCAGAAUCACCAAAACCAGCAAUUUUGGAGGUGGAUGGGGCAGGAGAGAGUUGUCCAGAAUCACCAAAACCAGCAAUUUUGGAGGUGGAUGGGGCAGGAGAGAAUUGUCCAGAAUCACCAAAACCGGCAAUUUUGGAGGUGGAUGGGGCAGGGGAGGAUCCCCCAGAGUCAGUGAAACAUGUAAUUUUGGAAGGUAUGGGACAGAAUCAUCUGGAAUCAUCUCAGCUGGGAAUCUUGGAGGGGAAUAGAGCAGGAGAGGAGCAGCUGGAGUCACCCCCAGUGAGAAUUCCAGAGGCAGAUGGGGCAGGAGAAGAGCAGUUGGAGUCACUGAAACUGAAAAUUUUGGAUGGAACAGGAGAGGAUCAGCUGGAAUCACCAAAACCAGGAAUUUCAGAGGUGGAUGGGGCAGCAGAGGAGCAGCUGGAAACAUCAACACACGGAAUUUUGGAUGGGACAGGAGAGGAGCAUCCAGAGUCAGUGAAACCAGGAGUUUCAGAGGCAGAUGAGGCAAGAGAAGAGCAGCCGGAGCCACUGAAACAGGGAAUUUGGGAUGGAGCAGGAGAGAACCAGCUGGAAUCACCCAAACAAGGGAAUUCUGGAGCACAGGGAUCCAGCCCUGAGGACACGGUGACAGGCACGGCCCCUGCAGAGAGUUUGGAGGUGCUGGAUGCAGCAGGAGAGGGGAGAGAAGGUGCCCUGGAAGAAGGAUGUGGCACUGUGAGCAUGGACACAGGGUCCCCAGAUGGUCCCAGAGAUCCCCGGAGCGGCAGAGGGGAUGCAGAGAACGGGAAUUCCCAGAGAGGGAAUUCCAGUGUGGCAGCACCAGGACUGGAUCCAGCAGCCACCAGCACCGAGCCCCACGACCAGCGGGAGGGGACCAGCCCAGAGCUCCCAACAGAGGAGCCACUUCCAGAGGCCGCUGGGCAGCAGCCAUGGGACACCACAGGCCGGAUCCACACCAGAUCCACGGGGAACAGCCCAGUACAGCCAUGGGAAGGUGCCAGAGCCACGGAGCCGGUGGAUGCGAGCGACAUCAUCUGCGGGCUGAUCCGGGAGCUCUCAGACCUCAACCGCCUGGCCAUGGGGGCCCGCCGGGGGCUGGAGCUGCUGCGGAGGCCAAAGCCACGGCGUGGCAGGAGGGCAGUGCCCAGCGGAAGCCGCUGGAAAGAGGGAUAGGGACAUCAGAAAUAACCAUUUAUUGAUGGAAACA